AUGGCGAGCCGACAUCCGACCGUGGCCGUCUCGGCGCCGGGCAAGGUGCUGCUGGCCGGCGGCUAUCUCGUCCUGGACCGGCAGUACACGGGGCUCGUCUUCGGCCUGAGCGCGCGCAUCAACGUGGUGGCGGCCGAGAUCCGGACGAGCGAGGGCGUACAGCUCAACGAGAUUGUCGUCGACAGUCCGCAAUUCCUCGAGGCGCAGUGGCGAUAUGGUUACCAUCUGGCGCCCGAGGGGGGGGGCAUCAAGGUGACGCAAUUGCAGGUCGGAACCAAAAUCUCGCCCAACAACUUUGUUGAGACGACACUCAGCUACGCCCUGACAUACAUGAAUCAGGUUGCGCCUCCCUCGUCGGGCCACAGCAUCGGCGCCGCGCGCCUCAUCAUCCUCGCCGACAACGACUACUACUCUCAGACGGCGGCAUCAGGCGAAGUGCCCGGUCGCUUCGCCAAAUUCUCGGUUCCGCUGAGCCGCGCCCACAAGACGGGGCUGGGAUCCUCGGCAGCCCUCGUCACCUCGCUGACGGCGUCGCUGCUCAGCCACUACCUGCCGAGGGACGUCUUCGACGUCACGACGCCCGCGGGCAAGAGGACGUUGCACAACCUGGCGCAGUCGGCUCACUGUGCGGCGCAGGGAAAGGUCGGCUCCGGCUUCGACGUCGCGGCGGCCGUCUACGGUUCGUGCGUGUAUCGGAGGUUCUCGCCGGAGCUGCUGAGCCAGCUCCCCGAGCCCGGGGCCCCUGGCUUUAGCGAGAGACUUGCAGCUGUCGUGGACGGCGGGGCAGAGUGGGAUGUCGAGGUCUCAAACGAGGGGCUACGCAUGCCAAAGGGGGUGGCGCUGCGAAUGUGCGACGUCGACUGCGGGAGUCAGAGCGUCGGCAUGGCCAAGAAGGUGCUGUCAUGGAGGAGCAGCGACUCCGAGACAUCCGAGCAGCUCUGGGAUGCCCUGCAGGCAAGCAACGACCGGCUCGGCUGCGUGCUCCGCGAGGGUGCCGUCGAUGAGCUCCCCGCGGCCAUCGGGGCCGUCCGCGCGCUGGUGCGGGAGAUGGGCCGGCUCAGCGACGUGCCCAUCGAGCCCGAGGCCCAGACGGAGCUGCUCGACGCGGUCAGCGCCGUCGAGGGCGUCUACGGCGGCGUGGUCCCCGGCGCGGGUGGCUACGACGCCGUGGCGCUGCUCGUCGACGACGGCGAGGAGACGCGGCGGCGCCUCGACGCCCGCCUCUCCGACUGGAGCCGCGACAAGGGCUCGCACGUCAGGCUGCUGGACGUCGAGGGCGAGGUGGAGGGUGUUCGGCGGGAAGAGCUGGACGUGUAUUCAGGGUGGGUGUGA